AUGGCGAUGCUGUCUCUACCUUCUCCAGUCUUGCAGUACGAGGAAGCACCCAGGUACCGUGUAAAAAAACGAUUCGCUCGUUCACAUGACCCGAAUGGACGGACGCAACGCCGGGUCUCUGCCUGCCCCAAUCUCGACUCAGACCAUAGUCCUCCGGCGAUCUCGGCUUCCUCUUCCUCAACACCUGCGCCGCCUGGUCCACGGGAGACAGUCCCACCCCCGCCAGUGCCGCCUCGCUCUCCCCGCUCGCGGCCACCUCCAACGCCUCCUCCCACGCCUACGCCCACCCCGGAUCCCACCUUCUUCGACGACGUCGUCGACGUCGUUGCCAACAAAUACGGCUGGGACCUCGACGCCGAGGUCCGGGUCUGGCCGCUCGAUGCCGAGGACGCGCUCGUUGGCGCCGUGCAGCGCUACGAGUUUCGCGCCCGCGCGGGGGGCGCCACGGUCGCGCUGGCGUGGGCCUCUGAUGGGGCAGUCGACUGGAGCCGCCCCGACGCCCCCGUGGUGGAGGAGGUGGUCGGGCUCGACGGGGUCGAAUUCGUCGCCGGCGACGACACUCUGAGGUUCGGCUUCGGCGUCGAAGGACCUGAAUCCUUAAUUGCAGAACCAAAACAGAGCAAGAGCAGUUUGUGUUUACAAGCGGGAGAGAGAAAAGGGAUUGGGGAGGCGGGGGCCAAGCCAAAUCAAUCAUUCAGGAUGACGAGUUUCUGGAGCCAAAUCGACAUGCGCCCUAUCCUCCUCCCGAAUUCUGCUCCUCCAGUGCACAACAUCAUCCCUACAGCACUUCAGCGUGGCCUCCAGGGAAGGAGAAGCCCCUGUGAACACCACCGUCCACCGACGGGAGAGAUUCAACCGGAGUUGCCACAGUACCGGUAGAUUGCAGGAAGCACUACAUGUAAGAAAAAAGUUUGAUCCUUUGUCUAAUUGACUUUGCAUUAUCCAAUAUGAUUAGCUGGUGACAUGAGGGUGAGGGGGAUAGACCCCUUUGGCUACUGCACACAAUGUGCUACUCAUAUUCCACUUUUAGGCGAUAAGCAGCUUCAGAAUUCAGAUCCCUUUGAUUUACAUUUCAAAUCAUCUUGCUGCAACUUGGUAGUAAACAACCAUUUUUGGUCAUCUUAUACAGAUUUGUUUGGUUCUUCUGUUCGUAUAUGUCUUUUCAAUUUUACUAUAUGCUAACAGAAGAAAAAUUUAGAUAGUUUGAACACAUGUUUAUUCACGUAGAUGUUCUACACGAAGAAAGAGCAGGAUAAACACCAUUUGUUGGUAGUCUUUCUAUUUGUCCUUAAUUAUUUGUAUUCUACACUAAUAUAGCAAGGUGAAGCCUAAUCUUUACUCUGGGUCACUGAUAGAAGUAUUGGUGUAUACACAUCGAAGGUACACAAUGAAAUUUUUGUAGUUCUUUUUCUUAUGGGAACUUUUCGUACGUCUUUGUUGUGAUAUACGCCCAUCUCGAAUUUCAUAUUAGGUCUACUUAUUUUAGCUCAGCUAGGUGUUGACAGUAAGAAACACUUGCAAAUAUAUGUCUCUUGUGUAUAUAAAUAUAUGCUCGCUGUACAAGUAUAAUGGAGAUAAUGAUCACAGUAAUUUAAUCUGCUAUUUACUGUACAAUAUUUGUAUUCAUAAGAAGAGGUAGUUAUACACUUCAUUGCGGUUUUAUAUCUGAGUUAAGAAAAAAAUAUUAGUCUUCCUCUAUAGAGGUAUGUUGCCUUGCCGAGGCUGCUCUGCUUUUGCUAAUUUGCUGCUCUUUUGUGCUAUACUACUAUUCCAUAUACAGAGAGAUCGGAGAAGAGAACAGCAACCUGUUACUACUGAUUUUUCAUGCUGCUACUCGCUUACUGUUACACAUCUACAUAGAGAAGGCUGCUGCUUGCUGAUUACAAUCCAUUCAUGAUAGGUAGAUAUGUAUGCUUCUGCUUGGUACAUGUGAACAGGGAGACAAGGAAUGGAAGCUGCAGCGGUAGUCGGCUGGUGGCCACACAUUGGCAAUCACUGCUUAGAUACGUGACUCCGGUCACCCAUUGUGAGCAGACUUUGGUCUUGAUAUGUUAGUCCAAGUGGAUAAAGAUUAUUAGGUGUUUAAUGUGAUGUGACUUCAUUGGUUGGACGUCAAUUAGGAUAUAUGUAGUACAUAGCCACCUAUGAUUUUUUCGAGUUGCCAUAUGAUGGAAAUCAGUAGCUUGAUUUGCUGUUCAACUACGUUUAGGAUAUGCGUGUGUGCGCGCUUUUGCUCAUUCUCACGAAAAUGCUUGCUUUUAGGAUGUGGUUCUUAGCUAUCUUGAUUCUCACUGCUAUUCUGAUGUGUUGAACAAGGACUAGCACAGUUUUGAAAUUCAUGCUGGCAGACCUUUUUUACCUAUGCGUGAUCAUUAUGUCAAGUAUGCCACUUAUAAGGACAACAUCAAGCCAUUUGAGAGUAGGGGUCCAACUUCCCUGGAGGUGUGAUUUUUCUGUUACAGAGUGAGGUGAGUUGAGCUGAUUUGUUGCUACUGCUAUUCGUGGUUAUCAGCAUGUUCCUACGCCACCCCUGGCAGGCUGCAACCUAUUUGCGGCUCGGCCAUGCCCACUCCCCGUGCUUCUUGCUCGUACCAGCAGUGAAGACUCAAUAAAUACAUUUCAUUCUAUCAUCCAAAAUCCAAUGGCAGAAGGAAGUGGUGUCAAACAACAUGUUGCUUGAUGAAAGACCAAGACAGAUGAAGAGGAACAUGAAGCGGUAUAGAAAUUCCUCUGGAGGCCGAGCAUCUUGUCAGUCUGUUUAUAUUGACCAGAUUAGAAAAAUCACAGCGGAUUGAAUGUAAAAAUCA